UUAAAGCACACACACAAACACCACGCCCUUUCAGUCAGUAAGACUUGACUUCAUAGCUGCUGAGGCAUUCAUAGUGAACACUCCCUGAGAGACAUUAGAGGAGAAGAGCCAGCCUGACACAAAAUGCCUUUCACAACUAAAGAACAAUCUGCAGUAACAGGGAGCUCUGGUCAGGUGUCUUCGGUGGGUGAUGGCUUCCUGGACUCUAAGUUUCGUUACGUCCUCUUCCCAGUUGCUUAUAGCGUCAUCUUCAUCCUGGGCCUCUUCGCUAACCUCUACGUGCUGUUUGUCCUGCGCUGCCUCCGCCAAGCCAAGGCCAUGGGCGAAAUCCGCAUCUACAUGGCAAACUUGACCAUCGCUGAUCUCCUUUUUGUCUGUGCCCUUCCCUUCUGGAUUGACUAUUACAGUCGGGAUGGUAACUGGGUGUACCAAGACUUCAUGUGCCGGCUGACUGGCUCGUUGUUCUUCGUCAACACCUACUCCUCCAUCCUCUUCCUCGGGGCGAUCAGCGUCAACCGAUACUGGGCAGUCACCAAGCCUCUGAAUGCAGCCUCCUCCGACCACAGACGUCGUGGGAUCAUUGUGUGCGUUGUGAUCUGGGUGUUGACCGUAGCGAUGGCUGUUCCAUAUCUGACAUCUACAGGGAUCAACACGGAUAAGAAUAACAUCACUCACUGUUUCGAGGGCUACCAGAAUGUAACAGAUUCGGAGAAGAGAACAGUGGCUGCCACUCAUUUUACAAUAAUUGGAGUGUUUUUUGUUUGCUUUUUUCUGGUCGUGGUGUGUAACUUCCUUAUUGCUCGGACGUUACUUUCUCAAACUCCUCCUCAGUCCUCAACAGUUAAAUCGAGAAAGUCCAACAGGAACAUUUCCAUCUCGAUUAGAAGGCCCAGGGGGGUGAAACGGAGCGCUCUGCAGAUGUUGUUAGCAGUGGUGGGAGUGUUUGUUCUGAGUUUCCUGCCCCAUCAUAUAAUUCAAGGCUUCUGGACCCUGGCGGUGUUGCGGAUCUCAGAGGGCUGGGGCCACGUAAAGUGGGACCAGGACACUCGUCAGCUGCUCAACGACGCACAUCAGAUCACUUUGCUUCUUAUGGGCCUCAACUGCAUUUUAGAUCCUGUAGUUUAUUAUUUUGCCACAAGGAAGUUCAGAGGGUUCAUCAUGGCCCAUUUUAAAAAUAUAAUAAAGGGAGAGGGGUGUUCUCAGACAAGCACCUCAGAGCUCUCCAUGGACAGCAAGUAUCAUAGCCAGGGACGUAAUAGCAAGGACCAACCGCCCGAAAUGGAUUGAUUUAAACAUAUGUAAUAUUUGUACAUAAGCAGUUUUAGUGUUUAUGUCGUUUAGUGUUAGUGGCUUCACACAACAACUGAAUGUGCUCUCACAUAUGUUAUUUUGACAUCUCAUCUUGGCAAACUAUAGGCGCUGCGGUCUGAAUUGCACCAGUCCUACUGCUCUUCCUGUGUGAUGUACAAGCUGAAAAGCAGAAGUUUUGAAAGCAGUAGUACACGAACAAAUCAAUCAUGGCUCUGUAAACUUUCUUUCUGCGCCUGUGUGAGCGGAAAUGAUUCUUAAUAACAGCAGGCGCAGGGAGUCUGUAUUUGUCAUUAGAAAAAGUAAACAUAACAACAGUCGACCAUUUCCAGGCCACUCUCGCCGAACACUUCAUUCCAGGUGGCCAUGUUGUUGUGUAAAUAUCCCUGUAUAUGAAUGAUCAGAUGAAAUGAAGGUGACAAGUGAAAAGAGCCUCUGUGUGUGCCCUCUUCACCUUCGUUUGUACCUUUGUUCUCCUCACGUCCGUUUCUCUUAAACUGAACAGACAGACUGAAAACUGAAUCAGAGUGUUUCAUUUUGCCACAUACUGUAAAAACUAGGCAAUAACCGACGGCCGAUAAUCUGCUUGGUGUGUCACGGCUUUAAAACUAUAAAAGCGUUCUAUAAAAGCUGUCCAUUUACCAUAUACAGAGCAUAGUCAUCUGCUCCUGAGUGUUAUGACUGGAGCUUCUCACUAGAUUACUCACACACUUCAACUUAGAAGGCGUGGUUGUAGAAAUGAUGUGGUUAACUAUUUGAUGAGAUUGUUGUCUCACAUCAGACAGACAUCUUAAGCUUUCCAUGGACAAGUUAUAGUCGGUAUUGUGAAACAAGGGAACAGAAGUAAUAAUGCUUGAGUUACGUUUCCCCCCUGGAAUCCAAUAUUGUGACAUGGUGAGAAAAAUCCCAUGAUUCACUGUGACAAAGAAACACAAUGCUUAUUAUUGUUCAGCUAUCUAUUUCAAUGUGUACCCUACUGUAUUUCUUCUAAAAAGUAAUGUAAGCUAACCUGCUGUUUCAAAAGUAUUCUAAUGUGUUGUGUGUUAUGUUCUAUCUGCCAAAAGAUAUUAUGUUGCUUUUUACUCCAUGAAGUAAACAUUUGUAAUUACAUUUUUAUUUGUGUAAUUUAUUUUCUGUAUUUUCCUGAGCAGAUAAAGUCAAUUUAAUAGUCA